UUCAGUCUUUUGAUCCUACAGCUUCGACUAGCUUCUAAAUUUGGAAAAAAAAAACCAUAAACAAAUUAAAUAUUUUUCUUAGAAAAUAACCUUUCCAAACAAAGUUUCAAAAAUGUGCGGAGGCGGAUGUGGUCCAUGCGGAGGCGGAUGUGGUCCAUGCGGAGGUUGUUGUCCCAGUCAUUGGCCCUGCUGUGGUCCGCACAGUCCGCCAUGCGGUGCACCUUCGCCAAUCCCGUGCUCACCAGCACCAGGCGUCUGUUGUCCGCCACUGCCCGAGGGUGGCAUACCCGAUCCACGGGUUUGGAAUUGUUGGAAUACCCCUCCAACCUAUCCAUGUGGCUUUUAAUGGACCGGCUCGUCAAGAGUUUCAAAGCUCGGUGUUCUAUAUAAGACAAGGAACGAAUUCCGAAUAAUUUAAGUCUUGACGAAUGUGCUUGUAAAACUUUGGGUGGAGUAAAUUCGGAAGCAAGUUGAACCUGGGGAGAUAAAAUGUAUGGCAACACUAAAACUAUUCAAGGCAACUAGAAGACUAACCUAUUCCCAGAAGUCAUUGAGAUUUUACUGCCAAAAGCUUCCAUGUUUCGAACAUGUUUCCAUGUUUCCUCGUACAGGAAGCAAGAUCUCAAGUUCUUCUGCGAGCUUUAAUAAUUGAUAAAUUCAAAAUUUUCAGUAUUAA